AUGAAGUUCUCUCACAGCUUGCAAUUCAAUAGCGUGCCGGAUUGGGCCGACAAGUACGUCGCGUAUUCGAAUCUCAAGAAGGCCAUCUACAAUCUUGAACAGAAUCAAACACCAGAAGAAGCCCUAGCCGCCUCCUCCGCGGACCGCAUCGACGAUCUCGAGAGCGAGACAGCCUCUCUCCUCGGCAACUCCAACAGCGACGCAGAUAAGGUCUUUGUGGGCCUUCUCAAUCGUGAAGUUCGCCGUAUUUGCGACUUCUACGUCCUCAAGGAGCAGGAGCUCAACGCUGAUCUAGUGAAGCUGCAGCACAAUCUGGAGGAUGCUGAGAGGGCUGACAUGGCUAGUGGGGUCGGAGACUCGGAUGAUGGGAGUGACGAUGAGGAUGAGGGGGAGGGCGAAGAGAGAGGAGACAGUGCUGCGGGUACAACCAGGAGCGGUCAGAACAGGGCGAGGAAGAAUAGCUUGCAUGCUUUAUUCGGCAAUCCGCGCACGUACAACGAGGCGUCGCAAGCAGAAAGGGACAUCAGGGCAGACGCCAGUGCAGGCAAGCUCAAGCCAAGCCAAAGCGCCAGCGGCCUCUCCGUCGGAUCCAGCGAUGGUCCUCGCAGCCCUGAGCUGGACACCGUCCCCAACAUGCCUCAGCGGCAACGCACCCUGUCCUCAGGCGGGUCGCGUCCCUGGUCUGCCUUCUUCAAGCGUCGCCCCUCGCAACGUCGUUCCCUUGGCAUCGUCGACCCAGACCUGGCUGCCGCGACCAGCGAUACCGGAGCAGCGCCACCAGCAGCUGGUGAGAGCGGAUUCCUAGGCGCAGCAAUCUGGACAGCAGAGAAUGACUACGCCAUCGAUCUGCGCAUCACCUACAAGCGUCGCAUCACCGACCUGUACGUCACCUUCUCCGAGCUGAAACAGUUCGUCCAACUCAACGAGACCGGGCUGAAGAAGAUCUUGAAAAAGUACGAUAAGAUUCUCGGCUCCAGCCUCAAGAAUACGUACUUGGAGCAGGUGGUCAGACAGCAGUACCCGUUCAAGCCAGAGACGAUCAGUGCACUGGGCGAGCAGAUUGAGACGCUCACGUACUACUAUGCGAAGGUGGUCACCUCGGGAGAUGUCACGCUGGCUACUUCGCAGCUGAAGGGGCACCUGAGAGAGCAGGUCGUCUGGCAGCGCAAUACCGUUUGGAGGGAGAUGAUCGGCAUUGAGCGACGCGCGCUCGGUGCCUCGCUCGAGCAGACGGUCAUGGGCUCUUCGGCGGGCAAAGGGGGGGAGAAGCCCAAGCCGACCAAGGUGUGCGGAUACAUCCUGCCUACUUGGCUGGGCAUUCCAGCACUGCAGCUCAGCGUAGCCCUCACUAUGCUCCUCCUUCUUCUCAAAGCACCAGGGCUGCGUUUCUUUCCCCGCGUGGAGGAACAGAACUGCUUGGCCAUGCUGGUAUUCUGUACCAUCCUGUGGGCGACAGAGGUCAUCCCGCUCUUUGUGACCUCGCUACUGGUGCCCUUCUUGGUGGUGACUCUGCGCGUGGGCAGGACGGACGAUAUCGAGGACCGAAGGAUGGACGCAAGCGAGACGACCAAGUGGAUCUUCUCCACCAUGUUCACUCCAUCAAUGUGUCUGCUGCUUGGAGGCUUCACCAUCGCAGCCGCCCUCUCCAAAUACAACAUCGACAAGCUCCUUGCCACCAAAGUGCUCCGUCUGGCAGGCACGCGCCCCUCCUUCGUCCUCCUGGCGCACAUGUGCGUAGCUUGCUUCGCCUCUAUGUGGAUCUCCAACGUAGCAGCGCCCGUCUUGCUCUACUCUCUCAUCCAGCCGAUCCUCCGCAACCUCCCGGACAAGUCCUCCUUCGGGCCCAGCAUGAUCAUGGGUGUCGCACUUGCCUCGAACAUCGGCGGCCAGACCUCGCCCAUUGCCUCACCGCAGAACUUGAUUGCGCUGCAGUACAUGCCUGGCGAUGGGCUGGGCUGGUUGCAAUGGUUCGCCAUCACCAUUCCGGUCAGUGGACUCAGCUUGGUCAUCGUGUGGAUAAUGCUCCUUUGGACGUAUGGGUCGGGCCGGGGAACGGUAAUUAAGAAGAUUCCGGAGAGUCAGGACAGGUUCAACGGGAUCCAGUGGUUCAUCUCGGCGGUCACUGUGGGUACCAUCGUGCUCUGGUGCUUGGAGAGGAACUUUGAGUGGGUCCUUGGAGACAUGGGCGUGAUUGCUAUUGUGCCCAUGGUCCUCUUCUUCGGCACUGGCAUCCUGAACAAGGAGGACUUCAACAACUUCCUUUGGACCGUGGUCAUUCUCGCCAUGGGUGGAAUUGCGUUGGGCAAGGCGGUCACCUCGUCAGGAUUGCUCGAGUCGCUGGAUGAUGUGAUUCAGUCUCUCGUAGCGGAUCUUCCCCUCUACUCAGUCCUCCUCUCCCUCCUCCUCAUCUCCCUGAUCGUCGCCACCUUCAUCUCCCACACGAUCGCCGCGGUCCUGCUCGUCCCGAUCGCUCUGCAAGUGGGCCAGUCCCUGGAGCCGGGCCCACCUCACCCCAUUCUCCUCAUCAUGGCCACCACGCUCACUGCUUCUGCGGCUUGUGGGCUGCCCGUCAGCGGGUUCCCCAACAUGACGGCGGUGAGCCAGGUCGAUGCGGUGGGGAGAAGGUACGUGACGGCAAAGGACUUCUUGAAGGUGGGUGUGCCGGCUAGUAUUGCUGCGACGGCUGUGGUGGGGAGCGUGGGAUAUGUGAUUAUGAGGUUGAUGGGGUUGUAG